AUUGAAAAAUACGAACCUAGAAGCAGGAAGAAGGCCGUGAAGAAAAAGAAACCCGGUGCUCUCUCCUCUGUGUUUUUAUCAUACUCAACAUCAGGGCUCUCUCUUCUCUCUUCUCUCUUCUCUCUUCUCUAUAAAUAUAUUACAAGGUGGUGUUAUGUUGUGCUUCUCAUACCAGUGCUUAUGGGUAACUCUGAUGGACUGAAUUAUUUGCUGGCAGCUGGUGUUUGGUGUGCUACAUAUGCUCUUGUUGCAGUUCUCGGGAUUUUUCAGAUCUUCAAUAUCUUCGUUACCUCCAUUUUGAAUUGAUAUAGCACUUCAAAAAAGCAAUUAUGGGCUAUGCACAGCUAGUUAUUGGCCCUGCGGGCAGUGGAAAGUCUACUUACUGCUCUAGUUUGUACAAACACUGUGAGGCUGUCCAGCGGACAAUCCAUAUCGUAAACUUAGAUCCUGCCGCCGAAAAUUUUGACUAUCCUGUAGCCAUGGAUAUUAGGGAACUCAUUUCUUUGGAUGAUGUUAUGGAGGAACUUGGACUGGGUCCAAAUGGUGGUCUUAUCUACUGCAUGGAACACCUUGAAGAAAAUCUGGAUGAUUGGUUGGCAGAAGAACUAGAUAAUUACUUGGACGAUGACUAUUUAGUUUUUGACUGCCCAGGCCAGAUAGAACUUUUUUCGCAUGUUCCCGUGCUUAAGAACUUUGUGGAGCAUUUGAAGCGUAAGAAUUUCAAUGUUUGUGUCGUGUACUUGCUUGAUUCACAGUUCAUGACGGAUGUGACAAAGUUUAUAAGUGGUUGCAUGGCUUCACUUUCUGCAAUGGUGCAACUUGAACUGCCCCAUGUUAACAUUCUCUCCAAAAUGGACCUCGUGACGAACAAAAGGGAUAUUGAAGAUUACUUAAAUCCGGAGCCUCAAGUUUUAUUGUCAGAGUUGAAUAGACGCAUGGCUCCUCAGUUUGAAAAGCUUAAUAAAUCUUUGAUUGAAUUGGUGGAUCAGUAUAGUAUGGUGAGCUUUGUGCCUCUUGACUUGAGGAAAGAGAGCAGUAUACGGUAUGUGUUGUCACAAAUUGACAACUGCAUUCAAUAUGGAGAAGAUGCAGAUGUGAAAGUUAAGGAUUUUGAUCAAGAUGCUGAUGAUUAGGGGCUCUAAUCUGUUGGCUGCUUAUGAAAACUCGUUACUUGAGUUGCAAAUACUUGACAGAGGCCAUUCAAUUGGUGUUGUUUUAAGAACAAAAGUUUCAUAUAACCAAUCGAAACAGUGUAAGGAUCUUUUGCAAGAAAGCUACUUCAGUGUUGGACCUUAAGUAAGCUACUUAAAGGUAGUUUCAUCUUGUCAUUGCAGGUUUUACAUUUUAAACUUUUAUCUCCCCAAGGAUUUUACCUCGAAACAUUGGCCUCUUAAAAUCUGGAUGUAUCCAAAUAUUACGACACUAUUUUAAUUUACUUGAGCAACAAUACAGAAACAGUGACUGGUGAGCAUUCAAAAGUUCGAGCAUGGUGUUCACUCACCAUCUUCAUCGUCGAUUUUAAUUUGGCUCUUCUUUCCAGGUUGCUUGGCUUAUUCAGAUUGUGUCCGUCACAGAAACAAAAUUUGCAGUCCGUCAUUUUUCAGUCAAUACCUUGGCCUUUUUAUUUUUUAUUUUUUU